ACUUUUGUAAUUUUCCCACUAACUAUAAAAAACAGUAAUCCGCCAUUUUCUCUUUGAUCAUCUUGUUCCUCAAAUUCCACAUUCAAAAAACCAGCAUGCAAUCUGGUGAUAAUUGAAUCCAUUAAACAGAAGAAUCAGCAAGAUGAUGAGUGAAGAUCUCGGCGUAGAGGCUAAGGAAGCCGCGGUUCGAGAGGUCUCAAAGCUCUUUAAUCUUCCCGAGCUUCUGCAGACGAUCACCGACCUUAAGGCAGAUUACAUUGCUCGCCAACAGGCAAAUGAUGCGCAACUUAGUACAAUGGUGGCGGAGCGGAUUGAACAAGCUCAGACUGGAUUGGCUUCACUUUCCUUGACUCAGAAUGCUAUAACUCAGCUUCGUGAGAACUUCAUCUCUAUUGAAAAGUACUGUCAAGAAUGCCAAAAUUUGAUCGAAAAUCAUGAUCAGAUAAAGCUCCUUAGCAAUGCGAGGAAUAACUUAAAAACAACUCUGAAGGAUGUUGAAGGUAUGAUGUCUAUAUCUGUAGAAGCAGCUGAGGCUAGUAAUUCCUUGAGUGAUGAUAAAGAACUCGUUAACACUUAUGAGAGGUUAACAGCACUUGAUGGUAAAAGGAGAUUUGCAUUAGCUGCUGCAGCAUCUCAUGAAAAUGAAGUUGGCAGAUUAAGAGAAUAUUUUGAAGAUGUUGAUCGAACUUGGGAGACAUUUGAGAAGACAUUAUGGGGUCAUAUUUCGAACUUCUAUAAACUUUCAAAGGACAGCCCACAAACUUUGGUUCGUGCUUUGAGGGUUGUUGAAAUGCAAGAGAUUCUUGAUCAACAAAUUGCUGAGGAAGCUGCUGAAGCUGAGGGAGGGGAUGUGAUGGCAACAAUUGCAAAUCCUCGCAGAACUGCCAACAAAACAGCUUCUUCCAGGAACCUGACAAAGCAGAAGUUAAAGGUUCAAGGUAAAGGCUACAAGGAUAAAUGCUAUGAGCAAAUAACCAAGACAGUUGAAGAACGAUUCAAUAAACUUCUUAAACAGUUUGUUUUUGUAGACCUAAAAGCAGCUGUGGAGGAAGCACGAACGAUAGGAGAAGAGCUUGGAGAUAUAUAUGAUUAUGUGGCCCCAUGUUUUCCUCCAAGAUAUGAAAUUUUCCAGCUAAUGGUAAACUUGUAUACUGAGAGAUUUAUUCAGAUGCUGAGGUUGCUUGGUGACAGGGCAACUGAACUGACUAAUAUAGAGAUUUUAAAGGUGACUGGCUGGAUAGUUGAAUACCAAGAUAAUUUAAUUGGCCUUGGGGUUGAUGAGUCUCUUGCUCAAGUUUGUUCUGAGUGUGGUGCCAUGGAUCCCCUGAUGAAUUCAUACGUUGAGAGAAUGCAAGCUACAACAAAAAAAUGGUACUUAAAUAUCCUUGAGGCUGAUAAAAAACAGAUUCCAAAGAGAACUGAUGAUGGAAAGCUAUAUACUCCAGCUGCUGUUGAUUUGUUCAGAAUCCUUGGGGAACAAGUGCAAAUUGUUAGGGAUAAUAGCACUGAUGUUAUGCUGUACAGGAUUGCUUUGGCCAUAAUUCAGGUAAUGAUUGAUUUUCAAGCUGCUCAACGAGAGAGAAUUGCAGAACCUCUUUCUGAACAUGACCUAGAACCUUCAUGUGCAAUGAUAAACAACAAUUUGCGCUGCCAUAACCUUGCGAUGGAGCUGAGUACAAGCAUUAUAGAAGCUCUUCCAACAAACUAUGCUGAGCAGAUUAAUUUUGAAGACACUUGCAAAGGUUUUCUAGAAGUUGCAAAGGAAGUUGUGCUCCUAACUGUGGCUUUUGUCAUGGAUGAUCCUGGGGUGCAAGGGUUAAUUUCCAAGCUUUUUCACAGUGAAUGGUAUGAAGAUAAUGUUACUAGGUUCCUACUUCCAACGUUCGGUGACUAUUUUUCAGAUGUGAUGACGUUCAUCGAAGAGAGAUCAUUUAAGAGAUUUGUUGAAGGUGUCUUGGAGGAAUUAGUGGUUGCUUAUGUUGAUCGUCUUUUAACACAGAAAGACUACAUCAAGGAGGAAACAAUUGAACGGAUGAGACUUGAUGAAGAGAGUAUUACAGAAUUCUUUGCGGAGUAUAUAAAUUUAAAUAAGGUUGAAAACAAAGUUAGGGCACUGAGUGAUUUGAGAGAACUUGCUUCAGCAGAGAGCGUGGACACUUUUACACUCAUUUACACGAAUCUUCUUCAACAUCAGCCUGACUGUCCGCCAGAGGUUGUGGAGAAGCUUGUUGCACUUCGGGAGGGUAUACCACGGAAGGAUGCAAAGGAGGUUGUGCAAGAGUGUAGAGAAAUCUAUGAGAAUUCUCUUGUUAAUGGAAAGCCACCAAAGAUAGGCUUCAUCUUCUCAAAGUUGAAGGCCUUAUCAGGUUCCAAAUCUACUCUGUGGCUGAAGUUGUAAUUCAAUGCUGACUACAGGAACCCUAAGAGAACUUCGAGACAGUCAAGCCGAUACCUUGGAGUGCGGCGGAGGCCGUGGGGGAGAUAUGCUACUGAGAUCAGAAACCGUUAUAUGAAAGAGAGGCACUGGCUUGGUACAUUUGACACUGCUGAAGAAGCUGCAAUAGCUUAUGAUAUUUCUUCCAUCUCUUUUAGUAGCAUAGAGAAUGCUUGGACAAACUUUUACUACCGUUUUUAUCGUUUCCGACACCCCCUCCACCACCACGUCCAACACCAGCAUUGAAAGAGGGUGAUCAAUUUUGUAUGGAGAGCGUGAGUCCAAUGGAGAAUGAUGAUGAAUCUCUUGUUAUUGCUUCUAUCUUGCAGAGUUUUUGCCAGUCUGCCAGCAAUUCCUUCUGUCCCUAAACAGCAAUUAUUAAUUAAUAUAUGCUCUUUAAUCUA